ACCGAGUGGAAGGCAAAAUGGCGGCGGCGGCGGCGGACUGGUGCUGAGGGGAGAGCCAGGUCCCCGCGACCCUCGCGACGGGCCGCGUUGGCCCGGGGCAGCUCCCCGGCGUCUCUCCCCGCCCUGCCCCACCAGGGACACUUGGGGUCCUUGGGACGGGCUCCAGCCGCCUGGGCGACCGCCCUCGGGCCCGUGGCCGCUGUCCAGGAGCCCCGGUCUCCCCUGCAGGAUCAUGAAGCUUGUCAGGCCUUUAUGGAUUAUUUAUUGAAGAUUAAAAUUCUUUAUCAAAUUUCCUUCAUGAGGAAGAAAAGAGAGGAAGAGAGAGCAUGUGCGUGCUGGGAGAGGGACGGAGGGAGAGAGAGAGAAUCCCGAGCAGGCUCCAUGCCCAGCGCAGAGCUGAACACAGGGCUCAAUCUCACGACUCUGAGAGAUAAUGAUGGUUAAUUAUUUAGAUUGUAAAGAAUUUCAUCAUUCCUGGGGACUUCUGCAAAGGAUCUUUUUCAGUUUUGCUCAAGAGAAAGUUCUGGAUCUAUCAAGUAGGUCUUAAAGAAAUCCUUUGUGUGGGUUAUAAAUAUAGAUGUUUUCAUGAAGAGGAGUGAAAAGCCAGAAGGAUAUAGACAAAUGAGGCCUAAGACCUUUCCUGCCAGUAACUACACUGGCAGUAGCCGGCAGAUGUUGCAAGAAAUUCGGGAAUCCCUUAGGAAUUUAUCCAAACCAUCAGAUGCUGCUAAGGCUGAGCAUAACAUGAAUAAAAUGUCAGCUGAAGAUCCUCGACAAGUCAGAAAUCCACCCAAAUUUGGGACGCAUCAUAAAGCCUUGCUGGAAAUUCGAAACUCUCUACAACCAUUUGCAAAUGAAACAAGUCGGAGUACUUCAGAAGUUAAUCCACAAAUGCUUCAAGACUUGCAAGCUGCUGGAUUUGAUGAGGAUAUGGUUAUACAAGCUCUUCAGAAAACUAAUAACAGAAGUAUAGAGGCAGCAAUUGAAUUCAUUAGUAAAAUGAGUUACCAAGAUCCUCGCCGAGAACAGAUGGCCGCAGCAGCUGCCAGACCUGUCAAUGCCAGCUUGAAACCAGGGAGUGUGCAACAAUCAGUUAACCGCAAACAAAGCUGGAAAGGUUCCAAAGAAUCCUUAGUUCCUCAGAGACAUGGCCCACCACUAGGAGAAAGUGUAGCCUAUCGUUCUGAAAGUCCUAACUCGCAGACAGAUGUAGGAAGACCUUUGUCAGGCUCUGGUAUAACGGCUUUUGCUCAAGCUCACCCUAGCAAUGGACAGAGAGUGAACCCCCCACCACCUCCUCAAGUAAGGAGUGUCACUCCUCCACCACCUCCCAGAGGCCAGACUCCUCCUCCAAGAGGUACAACUCCACCUCCCCCCUCAUGGGAACCAAACUCUCAAACAAAGCGCUAUUCCGGGAACAUGGAAUAUGUAAUCUCCAGAAUCUCUCCUGUUCCACCUGGAGCCUGGCAGGAGGGCUAUCCUCCACCACCUCUGAACACAUCCGCAAUGAAUCCUCCUAAUCAGGGUCAGAGAGGCAUUAGUUCUGUUCCUGUUGGCAGACAACCAAUCAUCAUGCAGAGUUCCAACAAAUUUAACUUUCCACCAGGAAGACCUGGAAUUCAGAAUGGUAGUGGACAGACUGAUUUUAUAAUACACCAAAAUGUCCCUGCUGGCACUGUGAAUCGGCAGCCACCGCCUCCAUAUCCUCUGGCCCCAGCUAAUGGACAGAGCUCUUCUGCUCUACAAACGGGGGCAUCUGCUGCUCCUUCAUCAUAUACAAAUGGAAAUCUUCCCCAAUCUAUGAUGGUGCCAAACAGAAACAGUCAUAACAUGGAACUUUAUAACAUGAAUGCACCUGGACUGCAGACAACUUGGCCUCAGUCAUCUUCUGCUCCAGCCCAGUCGUCCCCAAGCAGUGGGCAUGAAAUCCCCACAUGGCAGCCUAACAUACCAGUGAGGUCCAAUUCCUUUAAUAAUCCAUUAGGAAAUAGAACAAGUCAUCCUGCUAAUUCUCAGCCUUCAGCUACAACAGUCACUGCUAUUACACCAGCUCCUAUUCAACAGCCUGUGAAAAGUAUACGUGUAUUAAAACCAGAGCUACAGACUGCAUUAGCCCCUACACACCCUUCUUGGAUACCACAGCCAAUUCAAACGGUUCAACCUAGUCCUUUUUCUGAGGGCACCACUUCAAAUAUGACCGUUAUGCCUCCUGUUGCUGAAGCUCCAACCUAUCAAGGUCCACCUCCACCUUAUCCCAAGCAUCUGCUACACCAAAACCCAUCUGUUCCUCCAUACGAAUCAAUCAGUAAAUCUAGCAAAGAGGAUCAGGCGAGCGUGCCCAAGGAAGAUGAGAGUGAAAAAAGUUAUGAAAAUAUUGAUAGUGGGGAUAAAGAAAAGAAACAGAUUACAACCUCACCUAUCACCGUUAGGAAAAACAAGAAAGAUGAAGAGCGAAGGGAAUCUCGUAUUCAAAGUUACUCUCCUCAGGCAUUUAAAUUCUUUAUGGAGCAACAUGUAGAAAAUGUACUCAAAUCUCAUCAGCAGCGUCUACAUCGUAAAAAACAAUUAGAGAAUGAAAUGAUGCGGGUUGGAUUAUCUCAAGAUGCGCAGGAUCAAAUGAGAAGGAUGCUUUGCCAAAAAGAGUCUAAUUACAUCCGUCUUAAGAGGGCCAAAAUGGACAAGUCUAUGUUUGUGAAGAUAAAGACACUAGGAAUAGGAGCAUUUGGUGAAGUCUGUCUAGCAAGAAAAGUAGAUACUAAGGCUUUGUAUGCAACAAAAACUCUUCGAAAGAAAGAUGUUCUUCUUCGAAAUCAAGUUGCUCAUGUUAAAGCUGAGAGGGAUAUCCUAGCCGAAGCUGACAAUGAAUGGGUAGUUCGUCUAUAUUACUCAUUCCAAGAUAAGGACAAUUUAUACUUUGUAAUGGACUAUAUUCCUGGGGGUGAUAUGAUGAGCCUAUUAAUUAGGAUGGGCAUCUUUCCAGAAAACCUGGCACGAUUCUACAUAGCAGAACUUACCUGUGCAGUCGAAAGUGUUCAUAAAAUGGGUUUUAUACAUAGAGAUAUUAAACCUGAUAAUAUUUUGAUUGAUCGUGAUGGUCAUAUUAAACUGACUGACUUCGGCCUCUGCACUGGCUUCAGAUGGACACAUGAUUCUAAGUACUAUCAGAGUGGUGACCAUCCACGGCAAGACAGUAUGGAUUUCAGUAAUGAGUGGGGUGACCCCUCUAACUGUCGAUGUGGAGACAGAUUGAAGCCACUAGAGCGGAGAGCUGCACGCCAGCACCAGCGAUGUCUUGCACACUCAUUGGUUGGGACUCCCAAUUACAUUGCACCUGAAGUGUUGUUACGAACAGGCUAUACACAGUUAUGUGAUUGGUGGAGUGUUGGUGUAAUUCUUUUUGAAAUGCUGGUGGGACAGCCGCCUUUCUUGGCACAAACACCAUUAGAAACACAAAUGAAGGUUAUCAACUGGCAGACAUCUCUUCACAUUCCACCUCAAGCUAAGCUGAGUCCUGAAGCGUCUGAUCUUAUUAUUAAACUUUGCCGAGGACCAGAAGAUCGCUUAGGCAAGAAUGGGGCUGAUGAAAUAAAAGCUCAUCCAUUUUUUAAAACAAUUGAUUUCUCCAGUGACCUGAGACAGCAGUCGGCUUCAUAUAUUCCUAAAAUCACACACCCAACAGAUACAUCAAAUUUUGAUCCUGUUGAUCCUGAUAAGUUAUGGAGUGAUGAUAAUGAGGAAGAAAAUGUAAACGACACUCUCAACGGAUGGUAUAAAAAUGGAAAGCACCCUGAACAUGCUUUCUAUGAAUUUACCUUUCGGAGGUUUUUUGAUGACAAUGGCUACCCAUAUAAUUAUCCAAAGCCUAUUGAAUAUGAAUAUAUUAAUUCACAAGGCUCAGAGCAACAGUCAGAUGAAGAUGAUCAUCACACAGGCUCAGAGAUCAAAAAUCCUGAUCUAGUAUAUGUUUAACACACUAGGAAAUUAUUGUAAUGAGGAUUUGCAAAAAGACCUGAAACGCAGAGUUUUUUGAGGCUCUAAGAGUAAAAUUAUGCAAAUGUGACAGAGCUAUGUAUGAGUGCUCUGUGUACAAUAUUUUAUGUUCCUAAAUUAUGGAAAAUUUUUUUAAAAUGUUAAUUUAUUCCAGCCUUUUUAAUCAGUAAUUUAGAAAAAAUUGUUAUAAAGUAAAUUAUGAACUGAAUAUUAUAGUCAGUUCUUGGUACUUAAAGUACUUAAAAAAAUAGUGCUUUGUUUAAAAGGAGAAGCCUGGUAUCUAUUUGUACAUACACUAAAUAAUUUUAAAAGACAAGAGUGUUUGAAACUUUUUUGAAAGACAGGUUUAGUUUUAUCUUGCUUUAACCAAAUAUGAAAUGUACCCCACAUUCAAAGAGCUCUUUUUUUUUUUUUUUUUAAACCCCAUAACCUUGUUUUUGGUGCAAAUAAGCUAUAGAAAUAAAGCCAUGAUGGUGAUGAGUGUUCCUAGGCUAAUGAUAAUCUGAUAAUUUACAUUUGGAACUGAGAAAUACAGGGUUGAAAUAGUAUGUUCAUCAGAAGAAAAAAUAAUGCAGAUUAUCUGGGGGGUUUUUUUUCCCCCUCUGUGGAAUAUUUAAUCUUCUAGCAUUUAUUUCUCAUGAAUUACUGGCUUUAAAAGAAGCAAAGCACUACUAUUUUUCCUUCUAUACCGGUAUUUUUUAAUGCUGCUUCUAGUUUUUAAAAGGGAACAAAGUUGCCAUAAGUCAAAAUUCACAGUACUGAAUGCUAACCUUCUUCCAUAUUUUUACUUCUAAAUUUUUUUAAAGUUUCUACCAUCCUAAGCAGAGAGAUUAUUUUCAGUUUCAUAUGAAACUUUAAUUAGAAAAUGUAUUUGUGGGUACUCACUAGAAAAUUACUUUUUCUUUGUAGUGACAGUUUUGGUUAUGUCAUCAGUAAUGUUACACGUUUCCUCUUUCAGAACAGUGCUGUAUACAUGGAUUGUUAUGGCAAAGGAAAUCUGGCUAUUUGGCCAUAUUUUACCUAUAGACAGGUUAACUGGUGAAAAAAUUAAUUAUUAUUUAAUUCUUAAUUAAGGUGGCCAUUAGUAAUUAGAAAAAGUUACAUAGUGGUCUUAGUAGAAAAUUCAAAUCCUCCUAACUUAAUUUAAGGUUAAAUAAUAUGUUUUUCAGCAUGCCUAUUAUAUAUAAUGUUUAGGUUUUAAAAACACUUGUGGUUUCAUACCAAAAUACAUUUAGCUUCUCUUUUAGGAAGGGGAAAAGGGCUCUUUUCUGACAUAAGUAAAAUUUGUAUUUUACUUCCUUUUCUUUAAACUCCACUGGUGGGGAAUUGUUUUAUCAAAAUUUUAUAUGUCUGGAUAAGAAGAGGCAUAAUUUUAGUGAUUAUCAAACUAAUAGAAAAAAGCUAGUGGAAGUCACAUGUGUAAGUAAAAUUAAAGGCAAAGCUGUUCUGGUUGAACUGGGACGGGCAACAAAGACUUAUUAGCUUACACUUCCCAGCUUUCUCUAGGUGUCCCUCUCAGAGCUCAGCUUGUAAACCACGGGUCUUUGGGGUUCUUUGGGUUUUUUGAGAAUCUGAUGAAAGGUGGGGACUCUUUUCCCAGAAAAAUACACAUCAACACACACAUAUAUAAUGCCGCAUGCAGUCUUAGGAAUUCUGGACAUGUUGAAAACUCACAAACUUGGUUAAGGACCUCUGUCCUGUAAGAACACUGAUAUAUUAAACUAAGAACUUUGCUUUAAAUUUACUGAUUAGUACUCAGAUUCGCACAUCUUGUAUAAACACUGAUAAUUUGUGAUGGGAAAAGUCUGUACCAUGUAUUAAGAUAUCCCUAGGAAUGCCUCUCUCUUGCUGGUACAGCACUAAGACAUUCUAAACAUACUCUUGAGGGCAUUGAAAUAGAUGUUUGGCAUGUUACAGGCUUGAUAACGGAAAUAUUUCUGAAGGACUGCUAAUCAGAGAGUUGUAAGAAAAGGCACCAUAAUGAGUUGGCAGCCUUCACUUCAUGGAACAUUUGAUUAGUGCUGUAAAAUCCUAUGCCAAACAAAGUAGUUCAAGAAUUUUUAGCUCAGUACUCAAAUUUUAAGAUAUCCCUGUGGCUCUUUGGGUUUUCUCAGUCAGAUUUAGUGAAAUUUCCAUUUGGUUGUUUUACUUCUGGAUUGUGGUGCAAUGCAGUACAAAACCAACUUUGUUACAUUUAUGUUGUAGGAAAACUAAGGUGCUUUCUCUUCCCCCACCCUCCCCACAAAAUCUGUGUUGACACUACAAAUUUUGUGUUCUUUUAAAAUUUCCUCUGACAACAUAAGCUUUUGCUGUCUAUGUAAAGCAGUUUGAUAUUUGCAGUUUUAACAGUUUGGAUAUACUUAUUAGCUGUCUUAUUCCCAGACAUAUCCAGUUUUUAGAGCACAGAAUCUGGUGCUUCCUGACCAAAAAGAUGAGAACAACAUGAAAAAACCUAUAUGCUUUCAGUUGAAAUAGAGUGAAAACAUUGGUUAUACGUGUUUUCUUUUUCAAAUAAUUUUCCACUUAUUAAAAAACUUGCUGUCUUUCUUAUACUUACCCUUUUUAUGUAUAUCAAUAGUAUUUAUAAAAUGUGUUCUAUAAUUAUGUAAUUGUAGAUACUAUUAUGUAUUGUCCAGUGACACUCUAAGGCAGGCCCUAUUGCUGUAUCUUUUCUACCUUAUUUGUAAUAGGAACUAUAGAAUGUAUGACUAAGAAGUCACUUUGAGAUUGACUUUUUUAAAAAGUUAUUACCUUCUGCUGUUGCAAAGUGCAAAACUGUGAGUGAAAAUGUUUUAUUCUGACUUAAUAAUAUGUUAGAAAUUAGAGAAUACAGUGGGAGGAGUUUUAGAUAUUGCUGCUGCUGUUACCUAAGGUACUUUAGAAAUUUUUCUUUAAUAAACGAAAAUAAACAAAAUCCCUUUGGUAUUUAAAGUGAAACAUUUAUUUAGCCUGUUUGUUUUAAUCUAAAGCAAAAAAUAAUUUGGGUCAAUAUAUUAGUAUAUUUGUAAAGCGCCUUAAUAUAUCCCUUUGUGGAAGGCACUGUCCCACAGUUUACUUUUAUAUUGUAUUGUAUAUAUAAGUAUUUUGUAUUAAAAUUGAAUCAAUACAACACUACAGUUUUAUAAAAUAAUGCUUUGUUAGGAAAAGGAAUUACAGCUUUGCAAUAUAACUAAAUUGUUUUGCAUACUUCUGAAUGUAGUAGAUAUGAAUAAUCAGCCUGUGUUUUUAAUGACUCUAUUUGUAUUUUCCCAAUCAUUUUCUCUAGUGUAACAUUUGCUGGGAUAAUAAUAAAAAAGAAAUUCAGAUCUUUCAA